UCGUAGCUGCGUUCUGCGCAGAGCAGUCACGUGAUCACUUCGAUAGACUCGUGUUCUGAGCUGAACUCAGGCAACAUUUGUUUCUUGGAAUUUGUAUAAAUAAAUAAAUAAAUAAAUACAUAUAUUUAUUUAUGCAGAAGAAGAUCUUAUCAUGAGCGACCAUAAAUCUUUGGAAGAGCUCUUUUCGAAGUCUCUUAAUUAUGAUGACAAUAUUUUUACGAUUGGAAGUACUGUGGACACAGGCUUUGAAUGGGAGGCGAUUGACGAAUGCAAGGAAAAAUUUGGCAAAAAUGUGGAGGUAGUGAAACUGCGUGGAAGAAUUUACUUCAAUAUAAACUGGGACCAAUUUGAAAAAAUUCAGCAAAUGAGAUCGAUAGAUAACGUAUUCAUAGUAGUUGAUAUAGGAAGGCUAUCUUUUACCAAUGACAAAGAAACAGAUUUCAAAUCUAUAUAUAAUUAUGUAGUCUCAAACUUGGAUGAAAGAUGGAGGAAAGCUCUCGAUGCAUGGAAAUGUGCAACAAGAUUCUUGGGGAAGAUUUAUCCAACAAUUGAGGAAUAUAUCGCAGCAAAAGAGCAAACUCUUGUGACUAAAACUGAGGUAUUAGAGAUACAGGAUGAAAAAAAAGAAGAGCACGAGUCAUUGGAAUCAGAUGCAUCGGAAAAAGAAACGGAAAAUAAAGGGAAGAAAAGAGGUCAGGAUCCUUCUGAAUCCAAGGAAAAUGAUGUACUUAGAUACAGAGUAACAUGCGAGAGGACUGGUAAGCAUGUAUUCGAGUCUAAGGAUGUUGCUAGGAUUAUUGGAGAACUAGCACAGAACAAAUAUCACUGGAUAGUUGAUUUAACAAAAUACCAUCUGGAAGUUGUCUGCAAAUUAAUGGAUGAUUUAUUGUUAACGCACUUACGUGUAACUCAUGAAUCCAUGCAUCGCAGAAAUAUUGCAAGUUUUGGGCCCACUACCCUGAGAUCAACUAUAUGUUAUAAUUUGUUAAGAUUGGCAAAUCCAAAGCCAGGAGAUAUAAUAGUAGAUCCUAUGUGUGGAGGAGGUUCCAUUCCUAUAGAGGCAACAUUAGCUUAUCCAAACUCAUAUAUCCUAUGCGGUGACAAUGAUUCCAGAGCUGUGGAAAGAACAAAAUCUAAUAUGAAUGUCUCUACAGCUGGAUGCAAAAUAGAUCUUGUACAAUGGACUGCUUCCAAAUUACCAUUUAAGGAUUCUUGUAUUGAUAUCUUCGUUACUGACAUGCCUUUUGGAAAAAGAAGCGGGAAUAAGUCGUACAACAAAACUCUUUACAAACAUUUUUUGGUGGAACUCGGACGAAUAGUGAAAUUAUCAUAUGGACGAUUAGUUCUGCUUACGUAUGAUAGAUAUAACUUUAAAGAGGCUUUGCAAGCAGCUGGUGAUUUAUUCUGGGUGACAAAAACGGUUGGUGUAAAUGUAGGAGGCCUUCAAGCUGUAGUUUAUGUUAUGAAUCGUACGAAUACAUUUCACGAUCGCUUUAAACCACGUAUUGUUAAACAGUAUAAUUAUCCGAGAGACAACAAAAAGUGAGCCUAUCUUGUCAAAGAUUAUUUGACCAAGGUAUUCUAUAUAUUUAUAAGAUAUUUCAAAAAUAUUGUUAUAUACAUUCGUAUUUUUAUAUAAAUCACUUAAAGUUUAUUAAUAUAUAAGAGUAAUGGAUUUUUUAGACCCCAAACAAGUUUCUUAAUAAUUUUAAUGCAACAUUUACAAAAAGAAUUUUCUUUUGCUUAUCGUAUCUGUAAUUCUGUGCAAUUCACUUGUAAUUACUCUAUUUAUUAUGGAAUGUUCCAUGCUGCGUAAUGUAA